GGACUUCAUUUCCCAGAAGGCAGUUGGCGUGCUCGCUGGAACGGCGCGACGAGGCGAUGUACAUCCAAAGGAAGAGUUGAGCGGCGGGUAACUUGGGUUGGAGAAUUCCUAUUUGUCACAGUCGCUCUGUUGAGGGCAAUGGAAGCCUGCUCAGCGCCUGCGAGUGUCAUCAAGCCAAUUGACCGACAGUCAGUUCACCAGAUUUGUUCAGGGCAAGUUGUGUUAAGCCUCAGCACUGCUGUAAAAGAGUUGGUGGAAAACAGUCUGGAUGCUGGAGCUACUAAUAUUGAUAUCAGAUUGAAAGAAUUUGGAGCAAGUUUGAUUGAAGUAUCAGACAAUGGGGAUGGAGUGGAAGAAAAAAACUUUGAAGGAUUGACACUGAAGCAUUACACUUCCAAGUUGCAAGACUUCUCUGACCUCUUACAUGUGGAGACCUUUGGAUUUAGAGGUGAAGCUUUGAGCUCCUUAUGUGCUCUAAGUGACCUUAGUAUUGUGACAUGUCACAAAAGCGCCAAGGUUGGAACUCGCCUGGUUUUUGACCAUAAAGGACAAAUCAGUGAAAAGAUGCCAUAUCCUCGACAGCAAGGGACAACAGUUAACGUUCAGCAGUUGUUUUGCACACUACCAGUCAGGCAUAAAGAGUUUCAGCGAAAUAUUAAAAAGGAAUACAGUAAAAUGGCACAGGUGCUGCAGGCCUAUUGCAUCAUUUCUACUGGCAUACGGAUAAAUUGUACAAAUCAGGUUGGACAAGGAAAAAGGAACCCUGUCUUUUGUACCAGUGGAUGCACCACUUUGAAGGAAAACAUCAGCGCAUUAUUUGGAUCAAAGCAGUUACAGAAUCUUAUCCCUUUUGUUCAACAAUGCCCAAGUGAGGCAAUUUGUGAAGAUUAUGGAAUUAAUUCCACCGACAUUCCUGUAAAUCUCUACAGAAUCACAGGGUUCGUGUCUCGUAGUGAUCAUGGUGUUGGCAGGAGUUCAACUGAUCGACAGUUUUUCUUUAUCAAUCAGCGACCAUGUGACCCAUUGAAGGUUUCCAAACUUGUAAAUGAAGUCUAUCACAUGUACAACAGACAUCAGUAUCCUUUUGUUGCCCUUAAUAUCAGUGUUAAUUCUGAGUCUGUUGAUGUCAAUGUUACACCAGACAAAAGACAAAUUCUUCUUCAGGAGGAAAUGCUGCUUCUUGCAAUUCUGAAGACAUCCCUUAUUCAGAUGUACGAUUCUAAUGUUAACAAGCUUGAUGUUAAUGACAAGUUUCAGAACCCAGGAAUCUCUGAAAAUGUUCCCAAGGCAAUCAGUCUGAAGUCCUCUGUUCCAACUAAGCAGCAAUUACCUGCUAUGCAGUCGUAUGCAGAUAAAGAGAAGUAUGUAGGCAUUGCAAAGUUACGUGAAGCAUAUUCCCUGCACAGGUCACCGUUAUGUGGGCCCAAGUCUAACAAACAAGAGGACUUUCCAGUUCAAAGAAAACUGCACAAUUUUUUUACCAGUUGUAAAUUGAGUAGCCCUCAGCCUGAUUGUAGGACUGAGCACAUCCCAGUGUCUGGAAAACCCAAACAAAUGGAGCAGAACUUCGUGGACUCUGAAAGUGGGACAGAUUCUGCAAAAGGCUGCACAAGGCCACCAUCAGAAUUUGACUGCAACAUGCCAGAGACUAACACUUCGUCCAAACCCACUGGCAGCUCUGAUAAUGCUGUCAGCUUGCCCAACAUGCUCCAAAAUGAUUCAGAAGCUGGGAAAGGAGAAGAAGAACUGAAAACUGAAAUGACUGGCCGUGUUAGUGAGCUAGCAGAGAAGACAGGUUCAGCAGAAAAUUGCAGCCGACUACUGGCAGAUUCUUGUUCGCACAGUUGUGCCACCCAGGGUGCAAAACGCAUGAAGGUUGGCAGCCCCUGUUUGGAUGAUAGCUUGUCGUCAGGUCCUGGGACAUUUCAGACUUCAGAGAUUGACACACCAGUAGAAAUGAAUAAAAAGUUUGUGAAACUCCCUUUCUCUAUGGCCCUUCUUAGUUUAAGAAUGAAGUUGGUCCAUGAGCAGCAAACACUUCAAAAAGAGGCCCAGAGAUGCAGGCGAUUUCGAGCCCAGAUUAGUCCUGAAGACAAUCAAGUGGCAGAGGCUGAACUCAAAAAAGAGAUUAGCAAAGACAGGUUUUCCAGCAUGGAAAUUAUUGGUCAAUUCAACUUGGGAUUUAUCAUCACUAAGCUGGAUUCAGAUCUGUUCAUUGUGGACCAGCAUGCCACUGAUGAGAAGUACAAUUUUGAAAUGCUGCAGCAGCACACAGUUCUUCAAAGUCAAAAGCUAAUAGCGCCCCAGAGUCUUCAUUUAACUGCAGUGAAUGAAACUGUACUGAUGGAAAACUUGGACAUUUUCAGAAAGAAUGGGUUUGAUUUUAUUAUAAAUGAAGAAGCCACUCCCACAAAUAGAGUGAAGUUGGUUUCCUUGCCCAUGAGCAAGAACUGGACAUUUGGUCCUCAGGAUAUCGAUGAGCUGAUUUUCAUGCUGAGCGACAUGCCUGGCGUGAUGUGUCGACCGUCCAGAGUCAGGCAGAUGUUUGCUUCCAGAGCUUGUAGAAAGUCGGUGAUGAUUGGGACUGCGCUUCAUAUCAGUGAGAUGAAGAAGUUGGUUACACACAUGGGUGAAAUAGAGCACCCCUGGAACUGCCCACAUGGGCGCCCAACCAUGAGGCAUCUAGCUAAUUUAGACAUGAUAUCAGUGGAAUGAAUGGCUGUAUUCAUCCCAUGUACAAUAUACUAUAAUCAUGGAAUGUUAUAUUUCUUGAAAAGCUUUCAUUUUAAAACAUAAUGAUCAAUGCUUUGCAAAUGCCAUCUUUUUGAAAUUCUGUAUGAGCUUGACCAGUUUUAAUCAAUAUUUUAG